AUCGCCUGUGGGGAAAGACAUGGGAAACAUCUAGAACGGGCUGCACCCAUUGCUGUCCUUGUGCCUGGGUGUUUCUCGUGCUUUGGGCUGUUGCAUAUGCUCUGGAGGAGGAGUAUAGAGUUACAGAAACUUAGAAUCAUUUAGGUUGGGAACAGACCUUUAAGAUCAGAGUUCGGUGUUAUGUCCAUUGCCCUGGAGAUUCAGCAUGUGAAGGACAAACUAUAACAGGAAAACCUGCUUUCCUUUCAGCUGACUCAUCUCCAGCGUGUGGCCCCAUCCCCUGCUCUGCCUGCUGCCCCCUUCAUGGCACAGCUCAGUGCUUCUGGCCCUCCUGCUCAGCACAGCCACAAAAACAGAUUUUAUUGCCAAGCAAGCAAAUGAAUCUCUCUGUUGAAGGGGGAAAAAAAAUAAAAAAAAAAAAAAAAAAGAAGAGGAGGCUCUUCAUCUCAGCUUGUACUGGUUUGCUGUUUCCUUAUCACUAACUUUGGAAACAAAUCCUUAAAGGCAUAGCACUCCAGGAGCAGCGUCCUCCCUGCCAAAGGACAGGGCUUUGCUUUGAACCCAAGGGGAUUCAGACAGCUAAAUGACUUGGCAAAUCUCACCUUGGUGCUCUGGUAUCUGCCGCAGAGAAUAGCUUGGCGCGAUGCGAUUAAUUCAGCAGUUGCCAUCCCCCACCAAUAAAUCAAUUGGCUUGGAUUACUACCUCUCUAGCACGGGUUGCCUCCUACAGGGAUCCAGGCCACACGAGUGUCAGUGUUGUAAAAUCUGUAUCAAAAUUUGCACUGUUGCUUUGCUGCUGCUGCAUGGGUGCAAGCACCAAGGUGCCCCAGAGACUGAAGCUCCUGGGCAACCUGCGGGGUUGAGGACGGGGUUGUAACCACUCACAAAAGUUGUUUGCAACACCCAUACCGUAUUUCUCCUUUGCAUUUGUGGAGGGCUUCAGAUGUCCCAUCAGUAAUGUGGGAGAUUAAAAACUACUCAAUAUUGCAAGCAAUUUGGGGACUGGAUCAUUUUCAGGCUCUCUGUGCAGCACCUAACACAAUGAAUUGCAUGUCAGGGCUUUCCACACAUAUGCCGAUACAAAUAAGCCAAUAAAUCCAUCAGAAUUUAUAUAUAUUUAUAAAAGAAGAAACACUCUCCCCCCUUUUCCUGCUCUGCUGGAGGAUAACGCUGUUCCUGCCAGGCAGUAAAGGCAGCCUGGACCUUUAAGAACAGCAGUUCCAGUACAAGUCUUCCUGGGAACUUUGGAGCAAACCGAAGUGGAAAGCCUGAGCUCGCGGGUUGAGAGGCAAAAUGAACAUUCAAGAGUAUUUCGCAAGAAUUUCUUACAAUGAGUCCCACGAGCACGCAGACUUGCAAACCUUAACCAUCAUCUUCCAGCAUCACAUCCAGGCAAUUCCUUUUGAAAACCUCAGCAUGCAUUGCAGGGAGACCAUGGAACUGGAUUUACAAUCUACUUACAAUAAGAUUGUGAGAAAGAAACGUGGUGGAUGGUGCCUGGAAAGCAACCACCUUUUAUUUUGGGCCUUGCAAGAAUUAGGGUAUGAUGUCUGUCUUCUUGGAGGAAACAGUUAUGAACCGGCAAAGAGGGCAUACACUGCUGAGACAAAUCAUAUCCUACUGAAGGUGGUGAUCAAGGGAAAUUCCUACAUUGUAGAUGCUGCUUUUGGCGGUGCCUACCAGGCAUGGAAGCCAUUGAUGUUGAUUUCUGGGAAGGAUCAACCCCAGAUCCCUGGCAUCUUCCGCUUCACGGAAGACAAUGGCUCCUGGUACUUCGAGAAAGUCAAAAGGAAGCAUUACAUUCCUGAGCAAAGCGUCCCUUUCACUGAUACUCCAGACCCAGGGAACAUCAGAAAAAUAUAUACAUUCACUCUCAAGCCACGACAUAUAAACGACUUUCAGGAGCUUAACACAUACCUACAAGUGUCUCCAGAUAACAUACUGGCAAAGAAGUCGAUCUGCACGCUCCAGACCACUGAAGGGGUUUAUGCCUUAGUUGGAUGGACCUUCACGGAGGUGAAGUAUAACUACACAGAAGACGUGGACCUGGUGCAGAUCACAACUCUCACAGAUGAAGAGGUUGAGAAGACACUGAAAGACAAAUUCAACAUAGUGCUUGAGAACAAGCUCACACCAGUAAACGUUCGCGGCUUGCCACCUAAUUUAGUGGAUACGAUCUAA